AUGGUCGAUGUGAAAGAAGAGAGUGGCAAGCGCAAAGCCGAGGAUGAUCCCUCCUCUCCCACCUCAUCUAAGCGGGUCAAGCACGAUGAGGAUGCCGUUGAGGAAGCAGAGCAGAAGCCCGCCGAGAUGAAGCCAAUUCCAUUCCCUGAAAAGCCGGCCGUCAUUGAAGAGCGCAACGGCGAAAUCGAAUUCCGCGUCGUCAACAACGACAACGAGCGCGAAUCGCUCAUCAUUCUCACAGGUCUCAAAUGCAUCUUUCAGAAGCAGCUCCCCAAAAUGCCCAAAGACUACAUCGCGCGACUCGUCUACGAUCGAACCCAUCUCUCCAUCGCCAUUGUCAAGAAGCCGCUCGAGGUCGUGGGCGGCAUCACAUAUCGACCCUUCAAGGGUCGCCAAUUCGCCGAAAUCGUGUUUUGUGCUAUCAGCUCCGACCAGCAAGUCAAGGGAUACGGUGCGCAUCUCAUGUCACAUCUGAAGGACUAUGUCAAGGCGACAAGCGAUGUCAUGCACUUCUUGACAUAUGCCGACAAUUAUGCGAUUGGUUAUUUCAAGAAGCAGGGAUUUACAAAAGAAAUCACCUUGCCGAAACAUGUUUGGAUGGGAUACAUCAAGGAUUACGAGGGUGGAACCAUUAUGCAAUGCUCAAUGCUACCACGCAUUCGAUAUCUAGAAAUGGGUCGCAUGCUCCUUAAGCAGAAGGAAUGCGUCCAGGCCAAGAUUCGAGCAUACUCCAAGUCUCACAACAUUCACCCGCCACCAAAGGAGUGGAAGAAUGGCAUACGCCAGAUCAAUCCUCUCGACAUCCCAGCCAUCCGGGCAUCCGGGUGGUCUCCCGAUAUGGACGAGCUUGCCCGCCAGCCACGCCACGGGCCCAACUACAACCAGCUUCUUCAUCUACUCAACGAUCUCCAGAACCACAAUUCUGCUUGGCCAUUCCUCGUCCCGGUCAACAGAGACGACGUGGCAGACUAUUAUGACGUGAUCAAAGAGCCCAUGGACCUCAGCACAAUGGAAAGCAAGCUGGAAGCCGAUCAAUAUGCCACGCCCGAAGACUUUAUCAAGGACGCCAAACUCAUUUUUGACAACUGCCGCAAAUACAACAACGAGAGUACACCAUAUGCCAAGUCGGCUAAUAAGCUUGAACGGUUCAUGUGGCAGCAGAUCAAAGCCGUCCCGGAGUGGUCACAUCUUGAGCCGGAGAAGUAG